AUGGCUUCCGUCGUGAUUCCCAGCAAUGCAACCGAAGCACCCUCUCUGCCAAGUUUGAAGGCCAGUCAUGAACAGACGUACAAUGACUGGCGCGAUGAUUUCUACCGAGAUGGCUAUGUUGUGAUAAAAGGCGCUAUCACCAGCUCGAGGGCCCUUGAGUACAAAACAAAAGCUAUGGACUGGCUGAAGUCUUUUGGCCUGGGUCUCGACUAUGAUGACCCGACAACAUGGAAUGAUAAACAUCUUCCAUUCAGUGUCAAGGGUGGCAUGUAUGGUAAACAUUGUGCAGCUCACGAGAAGUAUAUGUGGGAUGCCAGAGUCGAGCCAGGGGUCAUGGAGCCAUUUGAGCGAAUCUGGGGAACGGACAAGCUCCUCGUAUCCUUUGAUGCUAUCAACAUAACCCUACCAGGACGCAAGGAUAUCAAUUGGAGCCCAUGGCCGCAUGUUGACCAGUCGCCAGAAAGAAAGGGACUUUCCUGUGUUCAAGGAAUAUUGAACUACAGUCGAGCGGGCCCAGACGAUGGGGGUCUUCUGUUGAUGAAAGGCUCCGCCGCCCUUUUUGACAAUGAAAUAUUCCAGGAAUUCUCUCCGGAGAGGCCGAAAGACUGUCCAGUAAAGCAUUAUGACUUCUUUACAUUCAGCAAAGAACAUGUGGCCUGGUUCGAAUCCAAAGGUUGUGAGUUGAUCAAAGUCUGUGCUGAGCCUGGGGAUCUCAUCUUAUGGGACUCCCGCUCCUUGCAUUACGCCGAGUUUCCCCGCAACAAGAAUAUUCGUGUCAUUCAAUACGUGUCGUACGCACCAGCCGCUCUAGCGACACAUGAUGAUUUGAAGAAGAAGGCAGAUAUCUUCAGGAAGUUUGAAGGGACAACCCAUUGGCCUCAUUGUAAUAUCUGGUCAAAUGGAAAACACACAAUUAACGGGGAAAUAGAUCCUCUAGAAAGAGAUCAGCCUUUGGAGUUACCGAUCAUCUCGCAAAAACUUUUGCAGCUGGCGGGGGUUGAGCCCUAUGACUGA